GCAGCAGGCGGUGUGGGCCGCGCUCGGCGCAGCCGCUGCCAUGCGGGAACGGAGGUCGGUACCGGCCGCUCCGGCCCGCUGUAAGCUGGUGCUGGUGGGCGACGUGCAGUGCGGCAAGACGGCCAUGCUGCAGGUGCUGGCUAAGGAUUGCUACCCCGAGACGUACGUGCCCACCGUGUUUGAGAACUACACGGCGUGUCUGGCCAGCGAGGAGCAGCGGGUGGAGCUGAGCCUCUGGGACACCUCCGGCUCCCCCUACUAUGACAACGUUCGACCCCUCUGCUACAGCGACUCGGAUGCUGUCCUGCUCUGCUUCGACAUCAGCCGACCCGAGACCCUCGACAGCGCCUCCAAGAAGUGGAAGACGGAGAUCCAGGACUACUGCCCCAACACGAGGGUGCUGCUCAUCGGCUGCAAGACAGAUCUCCGGACGGACCUGAGCACCCUCAUGGAGCUGUCCCACCAGAAGCAGGCCCCCAUCUCCUACGAGCAGGGCUGCGCCGCCGCCCGGCAGCUGGGAGCGGAGAGCUACUUGGAGUGUUCUGCCUUCACCUCGGAGAAGAGCGUCCACAGCAUCUUCCGGACCGUGUCCGGCAUCUGCCUCAGCAGAGCCCCCCUGCAGCCCCCCAAGAGCCCCCCACGCAGCCUUUCCAAGAGACUCCUGCACCUGCCCAGCCGCUCUGAGCUCAUCUCCUCUGCCUUCAAGAAGGAAAAGGCAAAAAGCUGCUCCGUCAUGUGAAGGGGGACACACGAAUGCCUCCCCCCUCCCACACGCACCACGAAGCCCCCAGCCCCCCUCUGAGGCCCCAGCGUGGGGUUGGGGAGUCGGAUAGGGCCCUGCAGCCCCCUCCCCAAGGAGGAUGGGGAGGUGCCUGCUGCCCUCCCGUCACGUACUUGACCCCCUGCCAGCCCCCAUCCUGGGGAGUAACCCCCAUGGAGCUGCUAUGGGUGGGGGUCUGGAGGAGGACCACGGGAGGGGGCUUGACAGCUGCUCCCCAACCCUGGGUGGGGCUCAUCUAUGGACUCAUCUUCUCCCUCCACCUCAUCCCUCAUCUGCUGCUUGACCCUGGAGGGGA